UAGCGGGAACAGAGAGCGGAGAGAGAAAUGGAAAGGCAGAGAGAAGAUCAAAGAAGCAUUACUCUGGUCUCUUGAGGCUAUUAAUUUGAUCUGCGUCGCCGCAAGAACAUCCAGAUUUAAUCCUAGAGGUGAGGGAAUAAGUGGAAAUCAAUGUUAAGAAUCAUGUGUAAAGAUAUUGUACGUGCCUUGCUGAUCAUUUCUUGUUUCUGUUUAUAUUCCGGUUCUUCUAUGGAUUUUAAUGACUCGUUUCAAUUAAUCAAAGAUGCUGAUACUGUAAGCUCAGGCACCUUCAAGCUUGGGUUCUUUAGCCCAGAAAAUUCAACCAAUCGCUAUGUUGGAAUUUGGUAUCUAGAUGAAUCCACAGCCAUAUGGGUGGCUAACAGAAACAACCCUCUUAGAGAUUCUUUUGGAAUUUUCACAAUUUCUGAGGAUGGCAACCUUGUGGUGUUGAAUGAUCAAAAUCUCACACUUUGGUCAUCUAAUGUGCCAAAUAUUCCUCCCAAUUCAUCAAUGGCUCAACUUCUAGACACUGGGAACCUUGUUCUGAAUGAUAGCACCACAGGAAAAGCACUAUGGGAGAGUUUUCAGCAUCCUUCUGAUUCAUUUAUUCCAAAAAUGAAACUUGUUAGAAACCCAGGAACAGGCGAAAAACCAACGGUUCUUACAUCUUGGAAAUCCCCUUCUGAUCCAUCCACAGGUAGCUUCUCUGCUAGUCUUGAACGAUUGGAUGCUCCUGAAGUUGUAGUCUACAAUGGAUCUAAACCAUAUUGGCGUUCUGGUCCAUGGAAUGGCAGGGAAUUUCUAGGAGUACCUUUUUCUUCAAAUAUUGAUAGAUUCAGUCUAAAAGCAAACAAUGGUACAUAUUCUAUCUCUUUUGAUCUGGCAAACCCAUCUUAUUUUGGAGUCUUUAAGUUGAGUUCAACAGGAAAAUGGGUUAUAACGGGAUGGAGCAACAAGAUUGCAGUUGGAAGAUGGAGGAUUCAACACAACGAAUGCGAUGUGUAUGGUCAAUGUGGAGAAUUUGGAUACUGUAAUCCUCAAAGCGCUCCAAUUUGUAGCUGUUUAGAUGGGUUUGAGCCCAAGAAUGCAGAUGAAUGGAAUAAGCAAAACUGGAAAAAUGGUUGUAUAAGAAAAGAACCAUUGCAGUGCGACAAAAGGAUAAAAAAUGGAAGUGAAGAUCGGUUCAAUAAACUAGAGAAAGUGAAAACGCCAGAUUUUGUACAGCGAUUGCAGGUUCCUGAUGAAGAAAAUUGCAGAAAGCAAUGUUUACAAAAUUGCUCUUGUUUGGCAUAUGCCUAUGAUUUAGCCAUAAGAUGCAUGUCUUGGAGUGGUAAAUUAAUUGAUAUUCGAACAUUCGCUCCAGGAGGUUUUGAUCUUUACAUUCGUCCAGCAAAUUCAGAACUCGAAAAACCAGCAGAAAAUGUUACAGAUAAAAUGGGAGAUAAAAGAAGGAGCAACUGGAAGGUGAUAGUGAUUGCUAUUUCUUUGAUAAUGGGAGCAACUAUUUUGGCUGCAUGUUCUUAUUUUUUAUGGAAAAUCGUUGCCAGAUUAAAAGGCAAAACGAAUCAAAAUGGUCUGAGUGAAGGCAUGAUAGGAGACUCAAAACAAGAAAAACUAGAAGAGCUUCCAUUGUUUGAAUUUGAAAAGCUUGCAAUUGCGACAAACAAUUUUCACAAUUCUAAUAGGCUUGGUCAGGGAGGUUUUGGUCCUGUAUACAAGGGAGAAUUGCAAGAUUCACAAGUUAUAGCCGUUAAAAGACUUUCAAGAGGCUCUGGACAGGGCCUUGAAGAAUUUAUGAAUGAAGUAAGGGUGAUAUCUAAGCUUCAGCAUCGCAAUCUUGUAAGACUUCUUGGUUGUUGUAUCGAAGGAGAUGAAAAGAUGUUGGUCUAUGAGUACAUGCCAAACAAAAGUUUGGAUGCAGUGCUUUUUGAUUCAAGGAAAGUAGUAUUCCUAGAUUGGAGACAACGCUACAGCAUAAUUGAAGGAAUUACUCGAGGAUUACUUUAUCUCCAUAGAGAUUCAAGAUUAAAAAUAAUACAUAGAGAUCUAAAGGCAAGUAACAUCUUACUAGAUGAAGAGCUAAAUCCAAAAAUAUCAGACUUUGGCUUGGCAAAGAUUUUUAGAGGCAAUGAGAUUGAUCAAGGCAACACUAGAAGGGUUGUUGGAACAUACGGCUACAUGUCUCCAGAAUAUGCAAUAGAAGGAUUAUUUUCAGAGAAAUUAGAUGUCUUCAGUUUUGGAGUGGUGUUGUUAGACAUUAUUAGUGGGAAGAAAAACACCAGCUUCUAUCAUCACAAGAUAUGCUUAAGUCUAUUGGGAUUUGCAGGAAAAUAUGGACUGAAGACAAUAUUAAAUCUCUGAUAGACCCAGAAAUAUAUGAUUCAAGCUUUCAUAUGGAGAUCUUGAGAUGCAUACAAGUUGGACUUCUAUGUGUACAAGAACUUGCAAAAGAUAGACCAAGUAUGGCCUUUGUAUAUUCAAUGCUUAAUAGUGAG